GUGAUGCACACCGUUGUCGUCAACCCAGCUUCGGGCAGCAACCGCACACGGCCUUCGGCAACGGGGGGGGGCUUCCAGGCGAGCGCGGCGGGUGUUACCGUGAGUUGGGCGACAAGCACGGACUCGUUUCACCAAAGCGUGGUACGAUGAGCAGUGCUGGCGUGGCCGCUUCGAGUACGAGGACAGCGGGAUUGGCGGCCUGCCGAUUGACGACACCUACUGAUGCAACUGACGGGCGACGGAACAACGAUGAUUUGUCCGCCACAGAGGUCACGGGUCGACAGGUUUGGGACGAUCAUCGGCGACAAUCGCGUCAGUCCAGCCCGUCCGACAUAACGAGAGGGGUGGCGAAGAUGAACGUCCGGGGUGAUGACAUGCUCGUGGACUGCGCUGGAGGCGCGGGGGAGGAUUGCACAGCAGACGACGGCGACAAUGACAACGGGGAGGACGAUGACGGCGAGAUGGAGAGCGGGAAGAUGGCCGGGUCAGGUGGCGGUCGGAACGAGUCCGUGGCUAGUGAGGGAUGUGGGGACGGACAGGACGACGAUCAGGGAUCGACGAGGGAUUCGACRUUCAGCGGUGGUAGUGCAGGCGGGGGCGGUGAAAGGAAGAAUGUCAGACAACCGACCUUCGAUGCGAUCGCCGACAUCAUGGAUAAGCACAGGAAGAUGAUGGCGACAACGGGGGACAGCGCGAGCAAGAGGCAGUGUUCAGUUUUGACGAGGCAAUGCGACAUUCUCGAGCGAGAGGUGGAGGUGCAGAAGGAGCACUACGAGAAGGCUGACCAGGCGAACCUGAUGAUGUGCAACUCUCUUUUGGAGAUCGCGAAAGCGAUCCGCGAGCGAUCUAGACGUCUCUCGGUCACGCGUCUCCGAGGGGUGGGUGGCAUGCCCUUUCGAGCUCCAGUGAGGUCCUCCUGCGCGCCGACAUUCAAUGUCGGACCAAUUGAAGGAUGCCCUCCAUUGGGCGGGGAAAAUGGUCUGCACACGGUCAUUGAAGGGGCGGGCUUCAGACAAGUCGUCGUUGGUGGCGCCACCGGAACGUCGCCUAGGAUACACAAGGCGCAAGGGAUUGUCAUCAACGAGGCGCUCGUGCAGAGGCAGGUUGCGGUGGUGGGUGAGGCGAUGGCAAGCGGAGUUCGCACACCGAUCGUCCUGGUCGUUGGGGGCGGUCGACUUGACAAGGCAGUGAUCGGGGCAGUCCAACCACGUCAGGCACUCCCUGCGCAACAAGCAGGGGGUUCAAGCGCGGCGAUAACACCGCCCCCGCAAAAGAAAGUGGACCUAGGCGGCAAUCGGACGACUUCGGGAGAUCAUCAGACUUUUGCAAGCGGAGUCGCGGAAGGUGUGGUAGAGGGGAGGGUCGAUGACGUGCGCCACAAAGAUGGUAAAAGAGAUGGGCGACAGGAAGACGAUGAUGACGACGACCGACCCCUUGCCAGCAGGCGGAAAAGAACUGCAGAGGAGGUUAAUCUGGAGGAGAGGUCGAAGUUGUGGGUUGAUUGCGACACUUUUUGGGGUUAAGGCCCCGAAAAGUUGUUGAGGGAGGCGAUUGGCGACUUCGCCGACUACUUCGUCGCCAUCGCCAAUGGAGACGC